CUCAACUCAGCCAGAAUCCCGUCGGUUUCCGGCCAUCUCCUUCUUCUCCCGGUUUGCUCCCUUUCGUUCAUUCAUCGUUAUCUCUUGCGAUCUCGCCGAUCAUCGAGGGUUUUCGAUUCGUUCCACGGAAAGCUGUGGAUGCAUCAUUGGAUUUCUCAAGGAAAGAGAACUGCAACGAUAUGCCGGAGAUCCACUCUUUGAUCGAUCGAAAAACUCUGAUCGCCCGUCGUUUAUUGUUGCUUUACUUUGUCUGUGAGUAUUCCCGUCGAUUCGUGUAGUUGUUUCCGCGAUUUGGGAUGUGAUGCAAGUCAUUGGGUCCGUGUUUCUGAACGCAGUGUGAUCGAAUCUUCUAUACCAAUUCUGAUCCCGAAAUAAACCGAUUGCGAUUGUUUGGCGACGUUUAUUCUGUUCCUUUUGGCUUCGAUUGUUGCAUUUUGUGGAUUUCCCCCUUUUCCCCCAAUUCAUGCUAUGAUCCAUGAUGAAACAUUCUUUGUGUAGUUAUUCUUAAUCCCUAGUUUCGUUGCCGUCAGUCAACCUUAGAUCGAUCGAUUUGAGAUGUGAUGCAAGUCAUUCGAACGCAUUGUGAUUGAAUCUUUUAUACCAAUUCUGAUCCCUAAAAUAAACCGAUUGCAAUUGUUUGGCGACAUUUAUUCAGUGCUUCUUGGCUUCGAUUGUUUCAUUUUGUGGAUUUCCCUCUUCCCCCAAUUUCCGUUUUGAUCAAUGACGUUGUCAAUUAACCUUAGAUCGAUCGAUUUCUUUUUCAGUUUUUGAAAAUUUGUUUGCUUUAUUUUGCUCAAUUUCAGUUUCGGAUCGGAUACGAUCGAGAAUUUUCAGUCAUCUUCCUUAGCAAUUUACCUGCCUCUUUAAACAGAUGAUUUGAAUGCUGUACAAUCAUUUCAACUUCAUGUUUGUUGUGUUUAUUAUGCAUUCUUAAUCAUUUCCAAAUCCAGCGACCUACCUCAGAGGAAAAGCCAAGGGAAAAAUCGACAUGAUGAUGGACAAGAGACAGAGAACAGAUUACAAGAUUCAAAUCGUUGGACAAAAGAUCAUUCAAGCGUGCAUGAUAAUAAUUGAUUCUGGUCAAUUUUGUCUUUAACUGUGACUGCAACAUUGCAUGGAGAGGGGACCUCGUUCUUUUCCUGCGUGGGACAAGCAAUCCCCUGCAUGCUUACAUUCUCCUCCUCCUCCUCCUCUUUUUAUUCUUCACAUUCUCUGCAGUGUUCCAUUUCACCUUUCAUUUUUGCUAUCUACUCCGACUUUCAGCCACCGGCCAUGGCCAUGCCCUCCACCAACCCCACCACCUCCUUCCUCUUCUUCUGCCUCCUCUUCACCCUUCUCAUCUCUGCUCUCUGCCGCUCUACAGGCUUCGCAGGACAAGUUACUGAUCGCUCAAGCUUUUUCCCACCGCGCAAGGACGUCGCAGGGAAUGGCAAGGAGAUGGCAAGGAGUGGAAUAACCAGGGGAGAGUUGAUAGGCUCGACGGCUCCAAUCUGCACCUACAACGAGUGUAGAGGUUGCCGGUUCAAGUGCAGCGCUGAGCAAGUUCCGGUGGACGCCGGCGACCCCAUGAACAGCGCCUACCGCUACCGGUGCGUCUGCCACAGCUUUGAGCCUAUGUGAAGAACUAGUCUUCCUUAAAGAUUUGAUUUUGUCACUGAAAA